CAGCAGACUGAGGGGAACACACACAGACUCUCCACUCCAACAUGAGGACCUUCAUCCUGACUACCAUCAUCUUCUUUAUCAUAACUGAGGUGUGGACAGCAGAUGCUUCCUCCUCAGUGGAGAGACCCCGUAAAAAACGAGCCUGGAUAGUUGAUUUUGGACCUAUGAGCUUUAACCUGGAGGAGGAGCAUGAUGGGGUGUUCCCGCACACACUGGGACAGCUAAGUGUGGAGAAGGAUUUACUUGCUGGAUGCUUCCUCUCCGGACCCGGCGUUGAUGAGGAGCCAAUGGACCUUUUUCAACUUGACCAGAACCGUGCAGUUAUUGAGGUCAAUGAAAAAGUGGACUAUGAGAAAAACAAGAAUUUCACGCUCAGACUGGGAUGCAUUAGCUCUGAAAAUGUGCACACAAGAUUAGAAGUGGAAGUCCAGGUUCUGGAUGUUAACGACAAUGCCCCUGUUUUUGAUAAAGCGAGCUACGAAACCAACGUCAAAGAAUCAACACCACAAGGCACAGAUUUGGUGAAGGUGCAAGCGCUGGAUCUGGACGACAGCAGUACAGGAAAUGGACUCUUCACUUUCACAAUCCUUUCUGUUUCUCCAGAAACCACAAAUCUUGAAUUCUUCAUUAAACAACAGAGCCAAACUGGAUGGAUCUCAUUCAGAGGAUGUCUGGACUACGAGGAGGCCCAGAAGUAUACAAUAGUAGUGGAAGCAAAGGAUCAUGGAGAACCUGUGCAGCAGUCCAGCACGGCAACAGUUACAGUCAACAUAAUCGACAGCAACGACCACAAACCGGAACUGUCUGUCAAAAUGGGCAGUGGAAUGGUGAAGGAAAGAGAGACCGGAGUGGUCGUUUACAUGCUGGAGGUAAAAGAUGGAGACCACCAAGGGUCUGCAGGCUGGAGAGCUAAAUACACUCUUCAUGGAGAAAAAGCAAAGAACUUUAAGAUCGAGACUGAUCUGAAAACUAAUGAUGGGAUCGUAUCUGUAGUAGCACCAUUGGACUUUGAGGAGAGCCCUGAGCUGACACUGUCUGUCAGUGUAGAGAAUGAGGAGCCACUCUUCUCCUGUAAAGUAAAGCAUCGGCAGAGUAGCGGCCUGUGGGAUGUGGAUUAUUUCAGAGACGUCUCCAGCUCUGCUCCGCUGAGCUUUCCCAUCACUAUCACAGUGGAGGACACUAAUGACCCUCCAGAGCUGACACACGCUGUAGAACAUGUGACCAUCAUGGAGAACACCACAGCUGGACAGAUCCUGUGGACAUUUACAGCAAUGGACCAGGAUAGCAGCUCACCUGCAGACUUCAGAUUCCUUAAAGGAGAAGAUGUAGAUAACUGGGUGACUGUGGACUCAGAGACCGGCCAAGUGUCUACAGUAAAAGUUCUGGAUAGAGAAUCACCUUUUGUCAAAGACAGCGUUUACAGUGUCACUAUGUAUGUGGUCGACAAAGGUGAACCUCCAAUGACGGGCACAGGAACACUGGUUAUCCACCUGCUUGACCAGAAUGAUAAUCUGCCUGUACUGGAGAUGAACACGCUCAGUAUGUGUUUAUCUGACACGAUCACGGACAUCACCGCUGUGGAUCUAGACUUGCCUCCAUUCAGCAGCCCCUUCAAUUACGAACUCCUUGGGGAUGUGAAGGAGAAAUGGAGGAUUGAACCCAGCUUUGGUACGACUGUGUCUCUGGUGAAAGACAGCAGUGUGCAUUCAGGUCAUUAUGAGCUCCGUGUGAAGAUUGCAGAUUCUCAGGGGAAAUUCUCAGUCCAGGAUCUGACCGUCAGUGUUAAUAACUGCUCUAUAGCAUACAGUGGCCGAACUGGAAAAGGACCUACAGUGCGUCUUGGUGCCCCCGCCAUCGCAAUCAUCCUGAUCUCUGUGUUGCUGGGCAUCCUGCUAGUGAUGUUCUCAUUGUUCUUCUGCGCACAUAAGAAAGACAAACUCCUGAUGAUGGAAAUACAGGAUGUUGAAAGUUCUCUGAUUCCUUAUAAUAUUGAAGCUCCAGGAACCGAUGCUAGCGACUCACUGCAAAAAUGGAUCUGGACUCAAACUCUUGAACUGAAACUACAAAAAUAUCUCCAAACUCAAACUUUGGAAUGUCUCCCGUCUUGGCACUGACAUUCCAUUUCCAUGUAACAUAUCCAGUGUCUGCAGUCCAUCUUCAAACUAUCCCCAGAAUUUGGAUUCAAAGUCCAAAACAGCUCUAAUAUCUGGACUCAAACUCCAAAACAGCUCUAGCAUCUGAACUCAAGAUCACAAAUAGCUCCAGCUUAUGACCUCAAGCUCUAAAACAGCUCUGGCAUCUGGACUCAAACUCCUAAACAUCUCCAGAACCUGCAACCAAACUCCAAAACAGCUUCACCAUCUGGACUCCAAAAUAUCUCAAGGAUCUGGAUUCUAUUUUCAGGACUAGUCAGUAUCUAGACCUAAUAAUAAUCUAGAUCUAAUAAAGUGACUAACCUGCAAAACAAGUGAAGGUCAAAACACAUUGACUAUGAAGACUAACAGCAACAACUGUGAAAGACAAAAACAGUGAUGAGAUGAUCUUAUUAGGUCGCAGCCAUGGUUGCAAGCCUGAGAUCUCUCACCACUCAACUGAAGAAGAAUUUAUAUGUAGUAAAUUACUUCACACACACACACACACACACACACACACAC